GCCAUUGCUCUGGUUGGGCUUCUUCAGCUCCGUCUGCCCGUGUUUCUGUGAUCACAUUCUCAGGUCUCUCACGGACGCUUCGGAGCUCUAACACGAUAUAGGGAUUUUCCGCGAUGGCAACUGUGACUGCUUCACACUGCGUGCCAAGAACCUCACUCAUCAACAACCAUGGAGGUUCAGGCUCCGAGACCAUCCCAAAUCUGUCUCAGAUUGCGUUGAAGGGUCAAUCAGUGACUCACUGUGGGCUAAGGUCUUUCAACAUGGUGGAUAGGCUUCAGAAGAGAAUCCGUGGCAAAGCAGUUUCUGCUAAAUCCACCAAAAGAUCACAGAACAUUCCGACUGUUAAGCAUUCCGGCAAGAUCAUGAAUCAGCAGGGGAUGACAUUGGUCUUUGUUGGAGCUGAGGUCGGUCCCUGGAGUAAAACCGGUGGCCUCGGUGAUGUUCUUGGUGGUCUCCCUCCUGCAAUGGCCGCUAGAGGACACCGAGUGAUGACUGUAGCUCCCCGGUAUGACCAAUACAAAGAUUCUUGGGACACUUGUGCCGUGGUUCAGAUCCAAGUUGGCAACAGAGUUGAGACUGUUCGGUUCUUCCACUGCUACAAACGAGGGGUUGAUCGUGUCUUUGUUGAUCAUCCGAUGUUCCUCGAGAAGGUCUGGGGAAAAACUGGAUCCAAAGUCUAUGGUCCUAACGCUGGAGUGGACUAUGAUGACAACCAGCUCCGGUUCAGCCUGUUGUGUCUGGCAGCACUUGAGGCGCCAAGGGUUCUGAACUUGAACAGCAGCAAGUAUUUCUCGGGACCUUAUGGGGAAGAUGUUGUCUUCGUUGCCAAUGAUUGGCAUACCGGCCUUCUUCCAUGUUACCUCAAAUCCAUGUACCAGUCACGCGGAAUCUACAAGAAUGCAAAGGUCGUCUUCUGCAUCCACAACAUAGCCUAUCAAGGAAGAUUCGCUUUCUCAGAUUUCUCGUUUCUUAACUUACCCGACGUUUUCAAGAGUUCAUUGGACUUCAUGGACGGGUAUGAUAAGCCCGUAAAGGGACGGAAGAUCAACUGGAUGAAGGCUGGAAUCCUGGAAUCCAACAGGGUCUUAACCGUCAGUCCACAUUACGCACAGGAACUCGUUUCCGGGGUUGAGAGAGGUGUGGAAUUGCAUUCUUACCUCCGUAUGAAAACAAUCACUGGAAUCGUAAACGGAAUGGACGUGCAAGAAUGGAACCCGGCCACUGACAAGUACAUUGAUAUCAAAUACGAUGCCACUACGGUUACAGAAGCGAAGCCAUUGCUGAAAGAAGCGCUGCAAGCCAUGGUUGGUCUUCCAGUUGAUAGGGAUAUCCCGGUGGUUGGCUUCAUCGGAAGAUUGGAGGAACAGAAGGGUUCUGAUAUUCUUGUGGCUGCUAUUAACAAAUUCGUCGGGCAGAACGUUCAGAUUAUAAUCCUUGGAACUGGUAAGAAGAAAUUGGAAGCACAGAUUCUGCAACUGGAAGCGAAAUACCCGGGAAAGGCUGUUGGUGUGGCGAAAUUCAACGUGCCAUUGGCUCAUAUGAUCACUGCUGGUGCUGACUUCAUUAUAGUCCCGAGCAGGUUCGAGCCAUGUGGCCUCAUUCAGUUGCACGCCAUGAGAUAUGGAACGGUUCCCAUUGUGGCGUCCACUGGCGGGCUUGUGGACACAGUCAAGGAAGGCUACACUGGCUUCCACAUCGGAAGAUUCAACGUUGAGUGUGAAGUAGUGGACCCGGCUGAUGUGAGUGCAGUAGCAGCAACAGUGACGAGAGCCAUCAGAGUGUACGGAACAGCCGCCAUGAAAGAAAUGGUUCAGAACUGCAUGGCCCAAGACUUCUCCUGGAAGGGACCUGCGAGGCUGUGGGAGAAGGUACUGUUGUCAAUGGAGGUCGCAGGAAGUGAGGCUGGGACCGAAGGAGAAGAGAUCGCUCCUCUUGCUAAGGAAAACGUCGCAACUCCUUGAGAUUGUGUAUAUAACUUAGCUCGGGUUCUUGAUCUGUUUGUGUCGUGACGACAUAUCAGCCGGAGAUAUUUUUGUCUGUCGGAGAAAGUUUGAAGUGGUGGGAUCUUGGAACGAAGAAAUAAGCGAAAACCCUAACCGAUGUUUACAGGCGAAUCCAACGAAGAAGCAAGCGACCAAAUGUUGGAAAGUGCACGCAAAUAUUAUGUAAUAAAUACUACAUGAAGUGCUAUGGAUUGGAUAGUUACUAUGUCUUUGGCGUUAUGUAUUGGUUGAUGAUGGUGCAUAGCGGCUACAAGCAUGUAUGUAUACAUAUAUAUAUAUAUAUAUAGUAAGAAGGAAUUAAUCACUUCGUUUA